UGGAAGAUGAAAUGUCGACCCAAACCAAAUUUUGUUGCAGAUUGCCUGAGGUUGUCUUUCAAAAUCUUCUCGUAGUCUUCCUUUUUUUGAUUCCUUCGACCCUGAUGAGAUUCCCAGUUCCAGACGAACAGAAACAUCCCCACAGCAUUAUGCACCCACCUCCAUGUUUCACUGUGUGAAUGGUGUUCUUUGGGUUGAGCGCCUCUCCCUUCUUUCUCCAAACAUAGGCAACAUCUCUAUGGCCAAAGAGCUCUAGUUUUGUUCAUCUAGUUUUUCAUCUUUAUGUAUCUGACAAAAGGACACGUUUCCAGUAUGCAUUAUUUUUCUCUAGGUUGUCCUUGGCACACUUCAGUCUAGCUUGGAGGUGUCUCUUCUUCAGAAGUUGAGUUUUUCUUGGUCUACAACCUCACAGUCCAUUCCUGUGAGGACUCUAGUGACAGUCUUCAAUGAGACAUCAAUCCCAGACUUGGCUAAAUUAUUCACUAGUGUCUUGGCAGUUGUUCUUGGGUCUUUAGAAACCUCUCUCACCAGUUUUUCUUUCCAAGGUUUUUGAAAUCUUUCGUUUCUGCCUCUGCCAGUCUUGUUCUCCACUGUGUGGGUCUCUUCCAACUUCUUGAUAAUACUUCUCACGGCAGUUCUUGACAUCUGAAAGCGCUUUGAUAAACGUGUAUAUCCUUCUCCUGCUUUGUGAGCAUUAACAAUUCUUUUUCUCAAGUCUAAACAAAUUUAUUUUAUCUUUGCCCUGAUGACGGUUUUAUAUUACUUCACUAGUUCUUAUGCAAGAUACUAAUCCUCAGUUUGAAGUGCAAUUUAAAGGUUUAGGGGAUUAAUUAUGUUAAUUAGGCGAGUCAUUGAAUAACAGUGGUUGGUUCUGUAGCCAAUCAAACAGAUAAUUUCUUAAGGGGGCUAAUAAUAUUGACCUUAGCAGUUUUUUAAAAAGAUUUUUUAAUAAUUAUUUUAUUCCAGGCUUAUUGAAAUAAAUAAGGUUUCUCCAGAGGAAAAAUAUAAUAAGAAAUACUGUGUUAAAAUGCCCUUGCUCUGUUAAACAUCACUUGGGAAAUAUUUGAAAAAUAAUUAAAAUUUCAUAGGGGGGCUAAUAAUUUUGUCUUCAACUGUACUAAACAUUAGUGCUGCUUUGUAGUCGCCCUAAUGUUUUCAUCACUCCGCACAUGCAGUUAAGUUUGGUUUCAGUGACAGAAACUGACGCAUGAAUCGAAAGUGAAAGUAAAAAUACAGUCUCUGUUUAGUCUUAGUGAAAGUCUGAUUGCUGGGCAACAAAUACAACUGGAUUUGUAUCUUGAAAAGGAAACAUCGCUUCAGCUUUCCAUAGACGCAGCACAACAGAGAAGCGUUUGAACCUCGAACCUGUCUGUGAAUGGGGGCAUCCCAGACAAAAAUGGACCACAGUUCCAUUUUUUUUGUUCAUUCAUUGGACCAUCGGAGUGCUUCUGACGUUAGAGGCCUUUUUAACUACGGUCUGUCGUGUUGUGUUAAUGCUUUGCUUCAGUCUUUUUCUGCCACAUCAGAACUACUGGACAUACUAAACAAAUGGAAUCCAUCAGAAGAGAUUAGGGAAAAUAACAUCCCCCUGCAGUUGAAGAAUGCCUUGCAAGCCAUUAAGGACACUUCAAAUCCUUAUCCACACAGAUACUUCUUGGACUGCCUCAACAGUCACAACAUAAGCCGGUACACUCAACACGAUGCAGAUGAAAUCUUCCUCAUUAUACUCAAUCUUAGCCAAAAGCAGAUGCCUGAUCAAGACUUGGCUAAGGAAAUUCGCAGUCUAUAUGAAAUAAAGAUGGAGACCCGGGUGAUGUGUUUAGAGUGCACAUACAUUCAACAAGUGCCCAACACUUCUUUCAGCCUUCCCUUGGCGAUCCGUGAGGGUGGAAACAGCCUGGAGAGCUGCAUCCAGUCGUUUUUCAAGCGGCAAAACCUGCGGGAAGGUGAGGAGAGUUACUGUGACAGGUGUGGGCAGAAACAACCGUCCACACAUGAGUUGAGGCUUGUCUCACUGCCUCAGGUUCUGUGUGUGCACAUAAAGAGAUUCAGAAAUGACAAUGGUUUCACCAGGAAACUCAACAGCAAAGUCACCUUCCCUAAAACACUUAAUAUGGGCACUUUUGAUGCUGCAGGACAAUCAGAAAAUGAGGUAUCUGGUUCUCUCCAGGCUGAUGAGCAUUAUAAUCUCUAUGCAGUUAUAGUGCAUAUAGGAACUGCCAUGUUUGGCCACUAUACUGCUUACAUCCAGCCUAGUCAGGAAUUGACAUGGUACUAUGCUGAUGACAGCACUGUUCGUCCAGCAACCUGGGCGAAUGUGCAGGACACAUAUGAAGGAGGAAAGACAGCUUACUUGCUUCUGUACCGGAAAAUGAGCAGGAAUGCAUCUGGAUGACGAACACUACAGCCCUUGAUGGUUUCCAAAUGACAGAGCAUUAUAUGGUUGAAUGCAUUGAAUGCACAGAAUAUUGCAAUAAUAUAAUUAAAGUGUUUAUUUUUAAAUGUUGUGUAAUAAAAUCAAUAGAGAUUUUUAAGAAUGUAAAUCAUCCAUAAUAUAUUAAAUCUUAUUUAUAAUGGCCCUAUAUGUUGAUUGUGUUGGAAAGCAUUAUAUUGUCUUUUGGCACUGAAUGUAAUGUGGGUGGUUUGGAUAUUGCUCAAAGAAAAAAAUAAAAAUAUG